ACUUUGUCUACACCCUAAUGGAUAAGGUGGUGGAAUCAGUAGGGGUUGACAAUAUUGUACAAAUUGUAACUGAUAGUGAAGCUAGUAUGAAGGCGGCUGGGAAAAAACUGAUGAGGAAAAGGAAGCACAUUUUUUGGUCUCCAUGCGCAGCGCAUUGCAUUGAUUUGAUGUUAGAAGACAUCGGAGAUAUAUUGUCAGUGAAAGAUACGAUAAAAGAAGCCAGAAGAAUUACAGGAUUUAUAUACAACAGUGAUAAAGUGGUUAAUUUGAUGAAAACAUAUACGAAUGGCCGAGAUCUGUUGCGACCAGGCAUAACAAGAUUUGCAACCGAGUUUGUUGCAAUGGAAAGUCUUCUGAGAUAUGCAACCGAUUUGAAAAGAAUGUGUACUUCUAGAGAAUGGGUUGAGUACAAUAAUACCUCGAGGAGAAGACAUGAAGCCGGAGAUAUAUCAGACUUGAUUUUGAAUGAAAGAUUUUGGAAACGGAUACGCCGAGUCUGUGGGGUCAUGGAACCCUUAGUGAAGGUUUUAAAAGUAGUUGAUCAAGAUAAAAAACCUACACUACCUAUCAUUUAUGAGGCAAUGGAUAGGGCAAAAAUGGCAAUAAAAACCGCGGUGAAAGAUUUUCAACAAUAUUGGGAUAUCAUCGAUGAAAGAUGGUAUAAUCAAUUGCAUCAAGAUUUGCAUGCAGCAGCUUAUUUUUUAAAUCCUGGUCUUCAAUACUCCGGCACUUGUGAAUUUGAUUCAUCGGAGGUUCGAAAAUGAGUAAAAGAAGUUAUCAAAAGACUCGAGCCAGAUUUGGAUAUACAAGUAAAGGCUAUGA